UUGAAAGGAAUCGGAAGAGACUACAUUUCCCAGGGACCUUUGCUGCUCCAAAACCGGGAACAGAUCCCAACCGGGAUCUUUUAUAUUAAGGCGAGUGAUCGAAGGGAGAAGCUGUUUUUUCCUCCCUGGGUUAAGAAGAACAGAGUGGAUUCUUCUCGGAAAAUUAAAAGGAUCUCGCCAUAUUCGUUGAAAAUCUUGGAACAGACUCUUUCCCCGAUCACCAUGAUAAAGGACAAAGAAGCAUUUCAGAGACUCAAUUUCCUCUAUCAGGCAGCACAUUGUGUCCUUGCAAACAACCCAGAAAACCAGGAGUUGGCUCGCUUCUAUUGCCACACCCAGAACAGCAUCAGCCGGAGGCUUGUCUUAAGACAGGACCCAUCUGUGAAAAGAACCAUCUGUAAAUCUUGCUUCUCCCUUCUUGUCCCCGGAGUCAGCGCAACUGUCCGCCAAAGAAAGCGCCGAAAUCAGCGGUGGACUGCCGUGCAGUGUCUCAAGUGUGGUCUAACUAAGCGUUUCCUUAGCAAUCCUAACUACAAACUGUGGUCAGAACAGCCUGAAGCAUUACUAGAGAAUCAGGCAUCAGCCAAUGCAGGAGGAAAAGGCCAGAUAAGUGGCUCAUUCCAACAGCCCCACAAAGGUCCUCAAGGGAAAAAGACAACAGCCUCAAGUUCUGAACCUCAGAGUCAUCCUGCCCCCAAGGAGGCCACAGUAGGCGUCAAGUCUAAAGGGAAGGACAAUCCUAGUGAAAAGUGAAAUGGAAGCUUCUCAUUCAGGCUGACAGCUGUGGUAAUCAUGUUUGGUGGUUGAAAGGAGGUGUGAUGGAGAACCAAACAAUGUAAAAAAGGUGAUUUGCCAUGGAGAUAAAUUCACAGUUUAUUUUUGCAAGCCAAAGUAUAACAUAUUACUGGCUGGGCAUGGAUAGUUCAAACAAGAGGAGUUCCUGAAUAAAGAUUCCCUUUUCUUUGGAAACCAAUUUGUGAGGGAAAGUGGGUCUUUUGGGGCCAACCAACAGUCCACAUUAGUAAUAUCUUUCCCACCAUCUUCACAGCUAGAAAUUCCUUUUGCCUCUAAUACCCCCUUUGUGCCUGUAAUCCUGCCUUUCAUCUGCCUGGAUUAGAAUUUACCUAAUUCCCCCACCUGGACUACAAUUUACCUAAUUGCCAUGGGGCUAGAAAUGUUAAUGUCAGGAAAUUUUGGUAAACUUGUUCUCACACUAAAAGCUGAGGGAAAGACUUCUCAAAGAAGGUGAUUGCACCAAUUCAAUGUGAUAAUGGUAUAUGCAAAAGUUAUGUAAAAACUUUGAAAUAAAGUUUUGUUCCAAAUGGUU